GAUCAGACCAACAACAGAUCUCUCAUCCGUCACUUCUUCCGACGAUACGGGUAGCGUUGCAGUCUCUUCUCCUGUAGCGAAGUACUCCGAGGUGGCCAUGAUGUUGGUAAGGCAGCCAGUCGUCUGCGUUUUUGCCAUGAUAGCGGCCAUGUUGGUGCUCAGUUUGCUUUGGGCUUUGCCUCACAUAAACGAUGAAAGGCUGUACGAUAUACCACCUUACCUACGUGUCUCAUCGUCAAUAAAGUCAAAGUCAAGUGUCUGUCAGCCUAACACCAACAUUGCUUUCAUCAAAACCCACAAGACAGGAAGCAGUACCGUCAUGCAAAUUUUCCAGCGCUUCGGCUUUCUUCGCAAUCUCUCGUUCUUGUUACCGAAAGGGUCGAUCAACCAAUUGUACCCGUUCGGCAUUCGGGACCGUAUGUACCUCCCGGCGCCGAUUGAGGGGAGACCGUUCGACAUCUUGACACAUCACACGGUCUAUGAUAGAGCGGGGAUAACACAACUACUCUCUGCUAACGUCACUUUUGUUACCAUCGUCAGGGAACCGAUGGAGCGGCUGAAGUCUGCCUUUAACUUUUACAAGCUGGCAUGGAGGUACAAAAUUCCCGGACCAGACCCCCUGCUAAGGUUCCUGGAAAAUCCAGGAAAAUUUGAACAUCACAUAACAAGAAACCGCGAUUAUGAAACAAAAAAUAACAUCGCCUUAGAAUUGGGUUUUCCCCCUGAAGAGUCUAUCAUCCGCCCUGUGGAUAGCAACAGACUAACAGAAGAGAUGGAGAGACAAAGAGACAGGAAGGGUGGAGAAGAGAUAGUAGAGACCAAGUACUCCCACAUACGGGGGCCACGCAGCAUGCUGGAGGAACAGGCGGGGGGUGAACCGGGCCCCCCGCCCACUGGGACAUGGCCGCGUCAGCGCAAGCUGUACGACUCGGCUGGUAAUAAUUAA